AAGGAGGUCCAAUAGGCACAUGUGGAUUUCCUGGUGACAGUGACGCAAAUUAUGGUGGAUUUUCUGGAUUUAGUGAAGAGUUGUUUAGCAGAGCUGAAAAAACUGUUGCUAAAGAAACAAUAGCUUUUUGUAAAGUGUGUAAUGGUCUUGUCACAAAAGGUACAAAAAUAUCACCUGGAGAUAGAUGUCCAACAUGUUCUGGUAUAGGUCAAGUAAAAGAAAGAAAACCUAUUUCUAUUGAUAUUUCUGCUGGUAUUGAAGAUGAACAAAAAUCAAAUCAAUUAGACAAGGUGAUGCACCUUAUGACCGUCAAGGAACACCCAGAGAUUUAUUUGUAA